CGCGGCGUAGCUCCGCUCGCGUCUUGACGUGACGUGACGCCGAGGCGACGUCGAGGGCGUAAGAAACAUGGCCGCUCCCUACUAGCCGAGCGGUUUCUUUGCAUUUAAUCUUCUUAUACCAAACCUUCAUUUUUGAAACGAUGAUUAACACCAAAGAGACAAUUAUGCCAUCUGUUGAAGAGAAGGAGAUGGAGGAAGAAGAAGAAGAAGAAGACGAGGAGGAGGAGGAGAAUGAUGAAGAGGAAGAUGCGACGAGUUCAGAUGAUGAUGUUGAGGAGGAAGAUGAGGAAGGAGCAGGUGAAAAGGAAGCUGAGCCAUCGUCGCAAGCUGCAAAGGAAGGCACGCCCUUAUCUGCCGAGGAGACGCAGAAGCCGUCUGAUGUCCUGAACCUAAACAACGAGGUGGUGAAGAUGAGGAAGGAGGUGAAGAGGGUUAAGGCGCUGAUCAUCAGGAAGCUCACUCGUCAGAUCGCUGCCCUGAAGAAGAAGAAGGGGAACGAGGCGGAAACCGAGCGCAACCAGAGGCGAGCCGCGAGGCUGCUGGAGGAGGUCCACAGCAUGAAGAAGCUCCCUCCUGACUCGGUGACCAAGACAGCUUUGCAGAAGAACCUCAACUUUGACCAGGUUUGCAAAGACCCCAAGUCUACCAUAUCCGACCGAGCUGUGGCGCGCAUCACCAGCCACCCUCAGUUCAGGAAGAAGAUCGAGAGCAUCAAAGCUGCCGUCGCAGCCUUCAAAGAGGAGCACAUGAAGGGCGGGAAACGGGGGGGUGACCCGAAAGGUCAGAGACAACCCGAAAAAGCCACUCGGCCGUCACCAGACACGAGACGAGACGGAAAAAGGCAGGAAAAAGAAAGAGACAGCGCCGUGAACACACAGAUCCAGGACGAUGAAGAACGAGCAGCAGCUGUCCCUAAAGGUGGUAAAACAUCUGGGAAGGAAGAGAAUGUGACACGGCCACCAGCUACCCCUGAUGUUCACCGGCGAGUAAAAGCGGAGUCUCCCCGCGACGAAUCUGCUUUGGUUCAAAGCAGCGGCGCAAACAGCAGCACGACGCCCAAGCCCCAAAGUAAAGUCCAAGAAAAGAGCCCCAGCCUUGAGUCUGCUCCCCAAUUAGUCCCCAAAAGUGCAGAUGAAGAAGAGAGUGACGUAGAGUCGUCAGACGAUGAAGAGAAGGAGUACUUUGACGACAGCACAGAGGAGCGUUUUCACAAGCAGUCCUCCCAGUCGGAGGAGAGCGACGAAGACGACUUCUUCAUAGGAAAAGUUAGCAAAUUCAAGAAGAAGAAAAAACAGACAAGCGGCGAAGGGGAGGAGAAGCCGGAUAACGCACAGGAAGGGAAAAAAGACUCGGGCAACGCGAAAACCGACAAGCUCCAGAGCGAACUGGAUGAGCUGGAGUCCAGGUUGAAGUCCAAAGCGCUCACAGCUCAGUCUUUGUUCUGCGCGUCGCUGGCUGGGGGUAAGGGCGGACGGGGCGGCGACAAAGGGAGGGGAGGGGGGAAAUCUGGCCGAGGGUUUAGCAAACUAGACCGCUUCACGAAGCAGGACAACAGAACUUCAGAUUCUGGGUCCAAGUUCAGCAAGCCCCUCCCUGAAGGCAGACGGCCCGGGUCUGACAGGACAGAAUGGGGAUCUGCCGGGGGAGGAAGAGGCAAAGAUGUCCGAAAGCAGAAGGAGCGCAGGGGAGGAGGCUUCUCCUCCCAUCAGCCGCCGCAGCCGGCACUCCAUCCAUCCUGGGAGGCCAGCAAGAAGAGGAAGGAGCAGCAGGGACAGAUCCUGGCCUUCCAAGGGAAGAAGAUUAAAUUUGACGACGAUGACUGAAAGAAUAUUUUUAUUACUGAAUAACCUUUGCCUUUUAAGAUGUAUGUAGGUUAUGUUCAUAUUCUGUUUCUAUUGAAUAUAAAGUCUGUCACUUUGAGACCAACA